GAUUAUUUGAUUCGCGACAUCGUAUUCUUCAUGAUAAAUGUGGAAACGGAAUCAAAUCUUACCCCGGAUUUGUUAACUAAUCUUGUCUCUUUCACAUGUGGAGCCUCGGUCCUCUUCUUUCAAGCCUUCAACGUUUCCCUUCCUCCUCCUGUGAAACACUCCAGUGUACAGAGCACACACGCGUGUCCGUGGAAGUGACCAAGGAAGUCUUUGAGCCAUCAUUUCCCAUUCGAGCAAAGGCAAAGAUCACAAGGGACGCCCCUCCUUGUCUUGUCCUUCUUGUCGUUCCUCGAGAAAUCCCCACCUGCCGGUAAGGUUAUGGACGGAACUUCAAGAUUGCGACAAGGUCUAAUAAUUCAUCCGGUUCCUCACGGCCAGAGGUAUAACAAAGACGACAAUCCGUGCAAAUAUGAUAAGUAUAAUUGAAAACAACUUCGGGUUUCAGACUUUGUUAUAUAAGCCGUCUUUCUCUUGAUUCUGGAUGAUACCCAUUCAUCUAUUCAUCUAUUCAUCUAUUUAUUCGUCCAUUCAUCACUUAUCACUCCCAUACAUGAGCCAACCCAUUGAUACAUACAUAUAUUAAAACAGAUCCAGCAUCAUGUUGGAAAGCAUACCAAUCAAAGCUCUCAUCAUACCCUUUGUCGUGAUUUUCGUCUUGUUUAAAGUCACACAGUUCGUUCAGAGAGAGCUCAAGAUUAAAUCACUGGGUGGACAUACCAGAAGAGCGAAAACAUGGAUUCCUUUCGAUCUCGACCUCAUUGCGCGUUCGGUCAACUAUGGCAUGCAUGACAAAAACCUCGAGGCUUGGAUGGCAUUUUUCUCCGGUUACAAAGACGUACGAUAUACAGUAGAGGCAAAUCCAGGAGGACAACGCACACUUUUCACUGCGGAACCAGAAAACAUUAAAGCUAUACUCGCGACUCAAUUCACAGAUUAUGGCAAGGGGGAGCCAUUUCAUAGCGAUUGGAAAGAUUUCCUUGGUGACAGUAUCUUCACGACAGAUCUUGACCAAUGGCACGAUUCUCGUCAAUUGAUACGUCCACAAUUUAUCAAGGAUCGAGUUAGUGAUUUGGAUACUUUCGAGAGACACAUGCAGAUUUUAAUCCAGAAGAUUAAAGAAGAAGGCAGAAAAUGGGAUGGCAGUCAGGGUCGGGAGAUUGACAUUAGUGAUUUGUUCUUCAGAUAUACUCUAGAUGCUGCGACGGACUUUUUGCUAGGGCGCAGUGUGGAGAGUUUGGAGAAACCGGGAGAAUUCGCAGAUGCUUUCGCAGAGGUUCAACGGGUACAGAGUAUUAUCGCGAGAGCUGGACCUUUGAAUGGGCUAGUUCCGAGAAAAUCAUUCUACAAAGGUCUCAAGGUUAUAAACGAAUUUGUUAACCCCUUCAUCGAUGACACGCUUCGACUUUCUCCCGAUGAGCUAGCAACCAAAACGAAAACAGAGGAGGGAUAUACAUUUCUCCAUGCAUUAGCAUCCUAUACCCGUGACAGAAAUGUACUUCGAGAUCAACUCGUAGCAGUCUUGCUUGCCGGUCGCGAUACAACAGCUUCCACUCUCUCAUGGACAUUCUACGAACUAGCUCGUCAUCCUGAAGUUUUCAGGAAAUUGCGCGAGGAAAUCAUCUCGAAAGUUGGUCUAGUGGAAGCCCCAACUUAUCAACAUCUAAAAGAUAUGAAAUAUCUACAGAAUGUUAUGCACGAAACCCUUCGUCUUUACCCCGUCGUUCCCUUCAAUGUCCGUCUCGCUCUCAAAGAUACCACACUACCCGUCGGUGGCGGGCCAGAUGGCCUCUCUCCUAUGGGAAUCCUCAAAGACACUCCAAUUGGUUACUCCACUCUCAUUAUGCAGCGCCGCGAUGAUCUUACUCCAGACGUCAUGUCCUUCAAUCCCGACCGCUGGUUCACAUGGCAGCCUAAACCUUGGCAAUACAUUCCUUUCAACGGUGGUCCUCGAAUUUGUAUUGGUCAACAAUUUGCACUCACUGAAAUGGGUUACACGAUUGUUAGACUCUUGCAAAACUUUGAUGGGCUAGAGGGAUUUAUGCAUGAAAUUGAUGGAGGAAACCCGCAUUUGAAAGCGGAUAUUGUUUUACAGCCUGGACAGGGUGUACACGUGGGAUUUUUGGAAAGGCAAAGCGAAACUGUGAAAGAAAAGAUUUAGGAUAGUAAAGAUUAUGUCUAUGGUAAUGAUGGUCUGGCGUUAAUUGCUUUCUUAGCUGCUCGGAGAAAUAGCCAAGCGAAACGAAUGUUGAUGAAAAUGCUCAUCUCAACUCAAUUCAUGAUGUAAAGAUGAGAAACAUGAUUAUUUUAUCUAUUCUUACAAUAAACUGAAGUUCAUGUGACAUGAGUAUCAAAAGGAAUAAAUUGCACAUAACAAAUGAAUAAUGAGCCGAGUGUCUCGUCA